UGGAAUUUUUUGGAAUUUUGAAAGCUCAAGUAUGGGCAGAUCUUUAACGAGGAUCCGUUAGUUUAACCUUUUUUCUUCAAGAGAACAAGUUGAGCGUGGCUUCGAACUACAAGUAUAAGAACCGAAAAUGUGCGACUACCAGAUGGAGUACUCCUUUAUUUUUGAAGACAGCUCCUGCGAGGGCGAUGCCUCGAUGGCAUCCUAUGACAGCGGAUUUGAGUCUAUGUGGCAUCAAGUGCGCGAGGAGUUGCAAAGGGAGCGGGAGAUGAAUGAGCUCUGCCAAGUUUUCCAGCAAAACCUGAGCCUGAGUCCGCCGGUCAUCGCAGAUAGAUGGAGAUUCUGACUGCACCUCCCCAGGAAAGCCAGCUCAUUGUGAUAUUUGUAAAUUAUAGUGUUAGCAGCUACUUCGCCAGAUUAGUGGCCUUUGUUAGGGCAUUUUUGAUAAGUGCUCGGCUUUUUUAUAUUCUAACUACCAACCUUAAGAGGUCGUCGUGCACAUAGUUUCUAGGAGUCAUUUUGUCCGUGUAUUCAACUGUUUGCUUUCGUUAAAGACUCGCUUUGUUUUGUUACUCUACCAAGUAAUCGAUUUGUACCAAUCACAUUCGAUAUGGUUGUCCUAGAUCUUAAAAUGGCAACAAUUUGCCCUCGGCAUUGCACCUAUGUUAAUGUAUACAACAACAAGGAGGGAA